ACACACAGAUCAGCAGGAUUACAAACACACCGACGCGGUUUCUCCAGACACUAAUCGACAAAAGCAGGAUCUCUGAGCCUCUCUUUUCCCACUCCUGCUUUCUGGAACGCUCUCCUGUGCUCCUGGAUAAAGGAGAAGCCAUUUUCCAGCAGCUCUUCCAGCAAGAGAAGCAGAGAGCAGUCUCAGAGAGGACAGUGGACUCAAUGAGGGAGCCAGAGAGGGAGGAGCAGCUCGACCCCAGCAUGCCCCCGAAAUUCAAGCGGCAUCUGAAUGAUGAUGAGGUCACCGGCUCCAUUCGCAGCGAGCGGAGGAACCUACUGGAGGAAGACUCUGAUGAAGAGGAGGACUUUUUCCUGAGAGGACCGACAGGACCAAGAUUUGGAGGUCAAAAUGAUAAAAUCAGACAGGUGCAGUCUCAGGUCGAUGAGGUGAUUGACGUCAUGCAGGAGAACAUCUCCAAAGUGAUCGAACGUGGAGAACGUCUAGAUGAGCUGCAGGAUAAAUCUGAAAGCCUAUCGGACAAUGCAUCAGCGUUCAGCAGCAGAGCCAAGCAGCUUCACAGAAGGAUGUGGUGGAGAGACACGAAGAUGAAGAUGAUUGUAGCGUUGGUAGUGGUCAUCCUUCUCCUUAUCAUAAUUGUUCCUGUGAUCUUGCGGUAUCGCUAGUGUCUGGCUGGGAGGUUAGAGGCAUAACAGGACUCUUCCUCCCUCCUCUCCCUCAUCUUUCUGCUGUCAUUCCUUCGUACCAGAGGGGGGCGCUGCACAGGGUUGGGCUGCCCACUGUAUUUGCCUAUUUGGCAGGGUCUGGAAACGUUACAAACAGGGGCAGGGUUUAAUUAGUGCGUGUGCGACUACACAACAUAUCAAGCUCUCGCAACAAGGCACAACACUGGUGCAGACCAAUCUCUAGUAUGCGCACAAUGGGUAUUUUUGUUGUACAUGCAUUCAGUAAAGACAAAUUAAGGGUUUAUGUUACAUGGAGAAUAACAAACGUUCGCCCUGCGCUCUUCUGGUAUUUCGAUGUCCUAUUUUUUAGCUAAUUAGAAGAUCAAUUCCUUCUGCUUACGACAUGACGCGCGUGCACAUUUAAAAGGGUCGGUCUGUGAAAUACUGUCUUCUCAGGUGGGAGGGGACAAAUCAGAUUCCUUAUGAUGUCACCGUGGCUGUGAUGUCAUCAUCUUAACAAAAGUCACUCUGAAAGGUAAUGUUACUUAAUAUUUGCUGCUAUUACCUGCUGUACAUUUUUGUUUUUCCAUAGUUGACGAAUUUUGAUCGUGGUUAUUAGUGACGAGUUUGUAUUAAUUUAAUAUCAAGGCAUUAUUUGCAGCUUUUUCCCCUCCAGAUUUAAAUUAUUUAUGUACAAACUGUAAUUUUCUUUUCUGCUGUCAUUUUAACAGCUUGUGAUUGGUCAGUAAUGUAAUAGUCGUGCGUGAUGAUGAUGAUGAUGAGGAUGAUGAUUGAGUGUCGCUGAUGGUGAACUGAACACACCUGAAACUUUUAUAUGAUUUUACUGAUUGUCUUUUUUUUUGCGUUAUAUUUAUUUGUAAAUAAAUAUAUAUUCCCAGUGUAAGUCAGCAUUGGCUUUCCUUUGGGAGACUGUGAAAUAAUCCUGCGUUUGAAAUAAAGUGAUU